CCACCAUACAGCACCCCAAUCCAUUUCUUUACUUCUAGAAUGAUUAUCGCAGCAUUUCUGGCGCUGUGUGCUCUCCCAAUCGGGAGCGUAUCCGGAGCUUCUGUUGUCCCUCGACAGGCAAAUUCAACUGCCAAUGCCCAUUGUGGCCCUGACCUCUGCACCUGGUGGCAUGACACCGCAGAGAUCAACACCGACAGCGCUGUCCGCCCGGAGAAUGUCCGACAGUCUCGUUCAUACUUGGUCCAGGUUGCGGCAGCGGGCACAAACAAUUUCUUCGACUCGUUUGUCUACGAAACCAUUCCGCGCAAUGGAAAUGGAAAUGUCAUGAGGCCGGGUGAUAGUCCAACGGGCAACACAUUCAAUGGCACGGAUGGUAUCUCGAUUGAAAUAGAAGCCGGCAUCAACAUGGCAUGGUCUCACUUUGAGCACACCAAGAAUGUUGAUGUCAAGGUCUCCAGGCGAGAUGGGAGCCCCGUUGAUCAGCGGGUGACUCUCCGACCAACUGCCAUCCCAUACGAGGUUCAACAUUCCAAUGGUAGUCUCAUCAUCCGUGUCCCUGCAGAUCCCAAUGGCCACAGGUUCUCCGUUGAAUUUGACGACGACCUCUUCACGUAUCGUUCGGACGGACAAGGAUAUACGACACAUGGUGAAGGCGACAUUGUGGGCGUGGAACCCAGAAAUGCCCUGCUCAUCUUUGCAAGUCCGCCCCUUUCAGAACAUCUCAUUCCCCCCAUGAACGGCAAUGACACCAAAGUGAUGAAACCCGGCCCGAUUACCGUGGAGGAUAUGCAAGCGUCUCCGAUUGUGUAUUUCCCACCUGGCGUAUAUUAUGUCAAUUCGGACCCGAUUGGAAAAGCCCAUCUGAAGCUGGACCCAAAUACGUACUGGGUAUACUUGGCUCCAGGCGCCUAUGUCAAGGGAGCUGUUGAGUACACCACCUCACGAAAAGACUUUUAUGCAUCCGGUCAUGGGGUUCUCUCGGGUGAGAUCUACGUCUACCAGGCCAAUGCGGACCGGAACUAUUUCAACAUCAAGGACGAUGUGACUAGCCUCCACAUGUGGUGGCAUCGAACCAUCCAGGCUGGCCAAACCUGGCAUUGCACUGGUCCCACUACGAAUGCUCCGCCAUUCAACAGCAUGGAUCUCAAGGACGGUGCAGCGGAUAGGGAAGAUAUUUCCGUCGAGAUAUCCGACUACAAACAAGUGGGCGCUUAUUUUACGCAGACGGAUGGACCGCAAAUGUACACAAACGGUACUGUCCACGAUGUCUUCUACCACGUUAAUGAUGAUGGCAUCAAGACUUAUCAUUCUGGUGUGAACGCAACCCGGCUCACCAUUUGGAAAGUGUUCAAUGACCCAAUCAUUCAGAUGGGCUGGGCUCCUCGAGACGUCCACGGCAUUUCGAUCAACACAGUCUAUAUCAUCCACACUCGAUAUCAGUGGAGCGACACGUAUGUGCCUACGUCGAUUAUCGGCGCUUCACCAAGUUACCUUAACAAGCGAGAGGUGGAUGCUUCGAAAUCGAUCAGCGUGUCUCUAUCCAAUAUCACCUGUGAAGGAUUAUGUCCAGCUUUAUUCCGCCUUACGCCGCUACAGAACUAUGUGAACUUUACAGUCAGCGGAGUGAGCAUGCCUGAUGGGUUGAUUGGUGGAGAUCUCCACAUUGGGGAUAGCAUCAUUGCUACUACUCCUGCGACAACCUAUCCUGGAUCGGAGAAUCUCAAGAUGGAGUUGCACAUUUCUGAUUGGACGGUCCAGGGAGAGAAGGUGACUGCAGACAAUGCUGCAACGCUUGGUCAAUUCUAUAUCAAUGAGACUUAUACCGGACAAUGGUCCAUUUCCUAGCUGAAAUGGUAAUAUAGCUGAGAUAUUAUCCAGAAAUCCAGACGUCAUCACUACUCUG